CCGGCUCCAGGGACAUCCCCGGUCCGGCUCCAGUCCACGUCGGCUCCACCCUUCCCCCAGCCCGCAGUACAAAUAAGAGAAAAGGAGAACGAAAGCGAGAAGAAAUAGAGCUCUCCGACCGACCCACUUUCUCUCUCUGGGUUCUUCCCCUCGAGCUCGGAACCCUGACGAUCGAUCUCCAUCGGGGACCGGAUCUGGAUCUUUUGUUGCCGUUAGAUCGAUUCUUUGCUCGACUGGUCUCGCGUCGGCGCGAUUCGAUCUUUUGUUUGCUGGAUCGUGACCGGAUUGGUGGAGGGUUGGAGGAGAAUUUCGGGUUGGAUCGGAUCGGGGGGGAGGCGGCCGCCUGUGGCAGCGCCAGCGGAUGGCGCUGUUCAGGAGGCUGUUCUACCGCAAGCCGCCGGACCGGCUGCUGGAGAUCUCCGAGAGAGUCUACGUGUUCGACUGCUGCUUCUCGACCGAAGUCUUGGAAGAGGAUGAGUACAGGGAUUACAUGGGUAGUAUCGUUGCCCAACUGCAGGACUAUUUUCCUGAUGCCUCAUUCAUGGUAUUCAACUUUAGAGAAGGAGAUAGGAGGAGCCAAGUUUCGGACAUCUUGUCUGAUUAUAAUAUGACUGUCAUGGACUAUCCACGGCAGUAUGAAGGGUGUCCUUUGCUACCUCUGGAGAUGGUCCAUCAUUUCUUGAGGUCAAGUGAGAGCUGGCUGUCAUUGGAAGGGCAACAUAAUGUGUUGCUGAUGCAUUGUGAAAGAGGCGGAUGGCCUGUUCUUGCCUUCAUGCUUGCAGGUUUGCUCCUCUACAGAAAACAGUACACUGGGGAACAAAAGAUUCUUGAAAUGGUUUACAAACAAGCCCCAAAGGAGCUCCUACAUCUUUUGUCUCCUUUGAACCCACAACCUUCUCAUAUGAGAUAUCUACAGUACAUAUCCAGACGAGGCAGUGGGUCGGAGUGGCCUCCACGAGAUGCGCCCUUCAUCUUGGAAUGUCUAAUUCUUAGAGUCAUUCCUAUUUUUGAUGGGGACAGGGGUUGCAGGCCACUAGUUCGUAUCUACGGUCAAGACCCUUUAACCCCAACUAAUAGAAGCUCAAAGAUUCUUUAUGCAACACCAAAGACGAAGAAGUACCUUAGGCAUUAUAAACAGGCAGAAAGCACACCAAUAAAAAUCAAUUGUCGUUCCCGUGUUCAAGGAGAUGUGGUUCUUGAGUGCAUCCAUUUGGAUAGGGAUCUGGAACGUGAGGAGAUGAUGUUCAGGGUCAUGUUCAACACAGCGUUUGUUCAAUCUAAUAUUCUGAUGCUGAACCGUGAUGAAAUUGAUGUUGCAUGGAAUGCCAAGGACCAGUUCCCAAAGGACUUCAAAGCUGAGGUACUCUUUUCAGACUAUGAUGCUGUUGAAUCUGAUACCGCAACGGAACUUAUGGCUGAUGACGAGGAUGAAACAGAACGUGCUUCCACAGAGGCAGGAGAGGAGUUCUUUGAGGCGGAAGAGAUAUUUAGCAAUGCAGAUUGGCAGGAUGGAAAAAGAGAUCUGGAUACUCAUACAAUAAGAAUAAAAAGCUCAAUUGAUGAUGGGAAUCACAAAACAGAUAUUUAUUAUUUUUCUGAUGAAGCAAGGAGCAGGUCACAGACAAGGAUGGAAACAAGCAGCACCGAAGAAGAUUUAAAGACUGUAGUCACUGAAAAAUUAACUACUAUAAAUGAUAGGAUAGUCGACCUAGGAACCCCAAAUAUGGCUGGUCUGGCUGAGGGCAGAUUAGAAACUGGCAAUGACAAAUAUGAUGAGGAAGCUGUUACUGAAAAGUCAAUUUUUUUGGACGACAUGAUUGUAGUUGAAGAGAAGAGUAUGCUUGAAAGCAGUGCUAUACCGCAGUAUACAAAGGCUGUUGAUAUUUCAGUGGGUGAAGAGAAAAAUAUAUUGGAGAUCAGCAAUAGCAAGCAGGACACAGAGGGCAUCACUACUGUUAUGAGGACCACUGCAGAUGAUUCGAGACAGAAGUUAGAAGCUCCAACUGCAGUAGAUGAAGCAAAUAGCAGAUCGGAAAAUAGGGCUACCAUACCAAGUGUGGAUGAUAUUACUAGUAGAAACAAGUCUAGUCUGAAUGACACGAGUCCCAGCUUAGUGACCCUCAGUAUGAUGGAUGAAAUGAGGCCUAUUUCAGAAACAUAUGAUCACAAGAGUGAUACACACAGCGAUGCUAUCCAAAAUGAGGCAAAUCCAUAUUGUGAGGGUAGAUUGGGAACUCCAGGGAUGUCAAAACAAUCUGAGACUAGAUUAGACACUAGCAAUGCCAGUUCUGGUGAUAGGGUUCCCAAGGAAGAAUCAAUCACUUUGGACUACACCGUUACAUAUGAAGAGAAGAAUAUAGUAGAAGUCAGCAACUUCAAGCAUGAAGUAAAGGAUAUUGUUACUCUAGCUGUUGAAGAGAAGAGUACAUCUGGAUUCUGCAAUAUCAAGAACAAUGCGGAUAGCAUAGUUUCUCAAAAGACAAUUGCUUUGGAUCAUAUGAGUUGCAGGGCUGAUGACUUGACUCUAACAGAUGAAGCUAAGAGCAGAGUAGAACAAAGGGAAUCCCAACAUAAUCCAGAGAAUAUUAUUGUCAGGAAGAAAUCUGCCCUGUCGGAGAAGAAUAACAGUUUAGGAACCCCUGAUAUAGCAAAUGAGACAAAGUUCAAAUUAGAAACCCAUGUUUGCAAAAGGGACACAGACGAGGGUGUUAUUGAGAAAAGGUCAGAAAUGAAGGUUGUCAGUCAGAAGUCUGGAAAUGACCUGCAAAAACAGAGCACUGAAAAAUCUUUGCCUCACAUGUCAAAGAAAUCACCAGCAAUCAUAAAACCACCUGAUUUAGUUGCAUCCAAACAAAAGAUUAAAAACCAGGAACAUCUGGAUCACAUAAAACCGACAAAACCGAAGACAGUACCUCGGUGGAUUUCUCCAAAGAAGGGCUCUGAUGCUACUACUGUUCAUAUGCCAUCUCAUCCUCCAUCUAGAUAUAACAGUGCACCAGCUGCACUAGCCAUUUCUGCAGAUUCAAAAGAUCAUGAAGCAGUUGAAACUACAGAGUCUCCUCCAACUUCUGCUUCCAUGGAUAGAACUGCAACUUCCUUUGUCCCAUCAGUACCCUCUGCUCUGCCACCUGUUCUGUUUUCAAUACAGGAUGUUCCUGAUUCUUCCCGUGCAGCCAGCCUAUCCCAACCUUCUGGUCACCAUCUGCUAAUACCAUCUUUUCCACUGCAAGAUCCUCCAGCACCGCCGCCGCUGCCGCCUCUUUCCUUUGGUACUUCAUCAUCUUCUUUUUCUGCAAGUUCUUCUUUUACUCCACCACCACCUCCUCCACCACCACCACCUCCACCACCAUCUUCGAGGACUGGAGGUAUACCACAAGCCCCCAUUCCCUCUCCCCCUCCCCCUCCCCCUCCCCCUCCUCCACCAUCAGUAUCUCCCUCCUUUGGGAGCUCAUGUACUUUUAUGCACCCCCCUCCAACUUCAACUUCACCGGUUAGAGCAACAUUUUCAGUCCCUCCACCCCCUCCACCCCCUCCUCUUGUCCACAAUGCAGCUACCUCAAAUAUUCCACCUCCCCCACCACCUCCUCCACCUUUUCAUUCUGGUGCAUCUACCAAAGGUCCACCUCCAAUACCUCCACCCCCUCCCCCUUCUCCACCUAUUCUAUCAAGUUCAUCAACUAAAGCCCCACCUCCCCCUCCCCCUCCCCCUCCUCCCCCUAUGCCCUCGGGAGCAUCCACUAGAAGGCCACCUCUGCCUCCUCCUCCACCCAUGCUUCCUGGAGCAUCCACCAAAGUCCCACCUCCACCUCUCCCUCCCCCUCCCCCUCCCCCUCCACCAAUGCUCCUAGGAGCAUCCACUAGAGGCCCUCCUCCACCUCCACCUCCACCUCCUCCUCUCCCUACUCCAACCAUGUACCAAGGAUCAUCCACCAAUGGUCCCGUCCCGCCACCCCCGCCUGCACCCCCUCCAUUCAUGAGAAAUUCUUCAUGUGCCCCCCCUCCUCCUCCUCCUCCUCCAUUGCCAAAUCAAGGAGGCCAAAUUAAAGGCCCACCACCUCCCCCUCCGCCUCCACUCCAAUCGUAUGUUAGUGGAUCAGUUGUUCCUCCUCCACCUCCUCCACCACCUUUGAAGGCUGGAGCUUCACCUCCUCCACCACCUCCACCUCCUCCACUACCUUCAAAGGCUGGAGCUUCACCUCCUCCACCACCUCUACCUCCUUUGCGUUCCAUAAAUACAACAAAGGUUGCUGGGGCCACCGCCCCCACCCCACCGCCCCCACCUCCACCACCUCCCCCUGGGGCACGUGGACCGCCACCACCACCCCCUCCCCCUGGAGGACGAGCACCCCCACCACCACCACCUCCCCCUGGAGGACGAGCACCACCACCACCCCCUCCCCCUGGAGGACGAGCACCACCACCACCCCCUCCCCCUAGAGGACAUGGUGGUGCACCCCCUCCUCCUCCUCCUCCGGGAGCACGUACACCUACUCCACCAGCCCCACCCAGGGCACCAGGUGCUCCUCCACCUCCUCCAGCAGGUGCCCCUGGUUCUCAGGGUUCUAGUAGAGGGUUAUCAUCAAAUUCCCUGGUAGGGGGAAGAGGGCGGGGAUUUGCACGUCCUGCAGGCUCAGGUCUUUCAGCUUCAGCACCUCGUAGAUCAUUGUUGAAGCCAUUGCAUUGGGUGAAGGUAACAAGAGCUGUGCAAGGAAGCCUAUGGGCAGAAUUACAAAAAUACGAAGAUGCUCCUAGUGCUUCAGAGUUUGACGUGUCCGAACUUGAAAGUCUCUUCUCUACAGUUGUUCCAAAAUCAGAUGAUAGCUCUAAAUCUGGGGGGCGUCGUAAAUCUCUUGGAUCAAAAUCGGAUAAAGUUCACCUGAUUGAGCUAAGGCGGGCCAAUAACACUGAAAUCAUGCUGACAAAAGUGAAGAUGCCACUUUCUGAUUUGAUGAGUGCUGCUCUAGCAUUGGAUGAUUCUAUUUUAGAUGUUGAUCAAGUUGAAAAUCUCAUCAAGUUUUGUCCAACCAAAGAGGAGAUGGAGCUUCUCAAGGGAUACACUGGUGCCAUGGAAAAACUUGGAAGAUGUGAGCAGUUCUUUUUAGAGUUGAUGAAAGUUCCACGAGUGGAAUCUAAGCUAAGAGUAUUCUCUUUCAAGAUUCAGUUUGGUUCACAGGUCUCAGAUCUUAGAAAAAACCUGAACAUUGUAGAUUCUGCAUGUGAACAAAUUCGAGGUUCUCUCAAACUGAAGGAAAUCAUGAAGAAAAUUCUCUUUCUCGGGAAUACAUUAAACCAGGGCACUGCAAGAGGCUCAGCAAUUGGUUUCCGCCUGGACAGUCUUCUAAAACUUACAGAUACUCGUGCUACAAAUAAUAAAAUGACUUUGAUGCAUUAUUUGUGCAAGGUCCUUGCUGCAAGGUCACCAUAUCUUCUGGACUUUCAUGAGGAUCUUAUAAGCUUGGAAGCUGCAUCAAAGAUACAACUGAAAUCAUUAGCUGAAGAAAUGCAAGCGAUUAUUAAAGGCUUAGAGAAGGUCGAGCUGGAGCUGAAAGCUUCUGAAAAUGAUGGCCCAGUAUCAGAGGUUUUCCGCAAGACCUUGAAGGAGUUCACUUCUGUUGCUGGAGCUGAAGUUCGAUCAUUAACAGCACUUUAUACUGCAGUGGGUAGAAAUGCGGAUGCACUGGCCCUAUAUUUUGGUGAAGAUCCUGCACGUUGUCCUUUUGAACAAGUGAUAUCCACUCUUGCAAGUUUUGUGACAAUGUUUCGGCGUGCACACCAAGAGAAUUGCAAGCAGGCUGAGCUUGAGAAAAAGAAGGCCCAAAAAGAGGCUGAAAUGGUGAAGUCUAAAGCUUCAAAUGGGACGAGUAAAAAUGACUUGAAGGCAACAAGCCUGAGCCAACAUCUGCAGCAGACAAUGGAGAAGAAGAAAGCUAGAAAUCAACAAGAAAAGGAUAUUAGAUGACCUCUCUGACCUGCUAAUGUUGGCAUUUCAAUUUUGAUCUCUGCCUGCCUGGGGAACCAAUGCUGCCCCCAUAACAUUUGGCAGUCAGGACUCGAGGAUAGAAAACUGGGCCAGCUGCUUCUGGAAGCAUGCCAUUGAAUUCGUGUACAGCAAACCUCACAGCAGUGAACACCUGAUCCUGUUAUUUUGGAGGCAAACGCCCGACCCCUGGCCAAAAGGAGCUCCCGAAUCUGUAUUCUUGUACAAUGCCGAUCGCUAAUAGUUCAUUCGAUUCUUUUUGUAAAUUUAUUGUUUGCUCCAUUCCUAUUCCAUUUCAUUUUUUUUCCUAUUGGCUCGAUAUGGUAAGGCAUAGGUUAGCAGUUGUGUUAUAGAGGUGAAAGCGAUGCGAAAAUUAAAUUUGUAUCUACAUUUUUCGAUGUAAUUUUGUAAUCCAAGAAUGCUUUCUCUCUCUCUCUC